AUGGGAAUUGGGUCCUUCACCCAGGCUAAUAAAGUUAGGAUUCAGGAUCUUUGGUUUGGAUUAAAGAACGCCACAUCAAUGAAGGAGAACUUGCAACUCACCAAGGAAGAGGAAGAUAGCAUUCAAAUUUCAAACCACAACAACAAUGACCUCCUGGAAGAAUGCCAGUUAAGUCUCUUUGGAAAACUCUUGUCGGACAGAAAGCAAAAUCAACGAGCUCUAAAAAGAACACUAAGGUCGGUUUGGAGGAUGGGAACGGAUUUGAGAAUAGUGGAGGUUGGGAAUGAUGUUCUUCAGUUCAAGUUUAACUCAAAGCACCAGAUGGAAUGGGUGGAGAAAAAUGGGCCGUGGAAUUUUGAUAAUAAUCUUCUCUUACUGUGUAGAUGGAGAAAAGGAUUAAAAGCUGCAAACAUCAUAUUCUCCCAUUCACCCUUUUGGGUACAAGUAUGGGGGGUACCUUUUGAAUUGAUGACAGAAGAUACUGGGAGGGAUAUAAGAAACACGAUGGGCAUGUUCGUUGAAAUGGAUAAACGCUCCUGGCAGAUGGAACAAGCCAAGUUCAUGAGGAUUAGGGUCGAGUUGCCAAUCAACAGACCACUAUGA